AUGUCUUGUGUUGUUCAUACUGCAACAGAUUUAUUGGAGCAGGAAGAAACCCGGGCAAAGAGAAAGAACACUAAAGCUGACAAGUUCAUUUCUGCUAGAGAGUAUUAUGCCUACCGGUUACAAAUCAGGCCUAAUAAUAUGUUGUUGCGAGCGGGUAGGUGUUUUCAGCAAUACAUAGUGGAUAUUCGAGUUCCAGAAAAGAGGGUUGCCACAUGCUCAAUUCUAAUUAUUCUGAAACCUGCAUAUAAGCUCAAGUGCCCUUCUGACUAUGAUCGAUUUGUUUGUGCUGAAAUACCUGCUCACACUGAUGGUAUCCUCAGAAGAAUUGUGUUGGCGCAUAUGAUGCAUGGUCCUUGUGGCAUGCUGAAUCCGGAGUGUCCAUGUAUGAAGAAAACUGGCGUGAAACGCAGUUGCAAGAACAAAUACCCUAAGCAAUUUUGCAAUGAAACAACAAAUAAUAAGGAUGGAUAUCCUAUCUACCGCAGAAGAGACACUGGGGAGCAGGUCACCAUAAGAAAUGCACAAUUAGACAAUCAGUGGGUUAUUCCCUAUGACCCUUAUCCGUCAAUGCUAUUUGAUUGCCACUUGAAUGUUGAGGUGUGUUCGACCAUCAAAGCAGUAAAGUAUCUAUACAAGUAUGUCUAUAAGGGCCAUAAUAAGAUUUCCUAUAAUGUUGUUGCUUCUGAUGGUGAAACUGUAGAUGAAAUUCAUCGAUAUCAAUUGGGUAGAUGGGUAUCUCCUUGUGAAGCUGCAUGGAGAAUAUUUAGCUUUGACCUAUUCAAAGUGCACCCUUCUGUUUUGCCUUUACAGGUCCAUUUGCCAUACACGCAGACUGUUCAUGUGCAUCCGCAUGAAAGGCUACUCUCUGUUGUUUCGGAUGCUAAACGUUCAAGAACUCAACUAACUGAAUUCUUUGCAAUGAACGCUGCUGAUGAACGUGGCUUAGGAUAUUUAUAUGGUGAAUUUUGUGAGCACUAUACAUGGCAUCAGGGUGAUAAGAAAUGGAAACGAAGAGUACAAAACAGGAUUUCAGUUGGCCGCUUGGCAUUUGUGUUUCCUGCAGAAGGGGAACGGUUCUUUCUUAGACUCCUAUUGUUGAAUGUAAGAAGUCCUAAGUCUUUUGAAGAUCUGCGCACUGUUGACAGCUGUCUGUAUUCAACCUUUCAGGAAGAUGCUUUAAAACGAGGCCUUAUAGAAGAUGAUGACGCAGCCAAUUCCACAAUGGCUGAAGCAUGUGAAACUCAUAUGCCUGCUGCUUUGCGCCGCCUGUUUGCAACAGUGUUAAUGUUCUGUCAACCAAGAGAUCCUGCUGCUUUAUGGAAUACUUAUUAUCCUUUUCUUGCUGAAGAUUACUCUCACAGGUUCCCAAAUCAACUGGUGAGAAUACAACAGCUUACUGUUCGAGCUGUUGAACAACAUCUGGAAGCCAUGGGAAAAUCCCUUGCUUUUUUUGGUCUGGAGGAAUUAGUGUCACAGGUUAGUGAUGAGUUCAUAUGUACAAAGGAUAUUAUAGAUGCUCUUGAUGCACCAAUCCCACAAGAGUGCUUAAGUUGUCGUUCAAAGUUGAACUCUGCACAAAAUGCUGCCUUCGAAUGUAUAAUGGAACAUGUCGUGCAGCAAAAAGCCGGUGCUUUCUUUAUUGAUGGUCCUGGAGGUACAGGGAAAACUUUUCUCUACAAUGCUCUAUAUGCAGAAAUUCGACAACUGAAUAAGAUUGUUUUACCUACAGCUACAUCGGGAAUAGCUGCAGCUAACAUUCCUUCAGGGAGAACUGCUCAUUCGCGGUUCAAAAUCCCAAUUGAUGAUGAGGGUUCACUGGCAUGUGAUGUUCCAAAACAAGGGAGUUUAGCUGCAUUAUUAAAGGAAACCGCUCUAAUAAUAUGGGAUGAGGCUUCUAUGGCUAAAAAACAAAAUGUUGAAUCCUUAGAUCUUUUAUUGCAGGAUAUUUGUGGAAAUAAGGUAGUGUUUGGAGGGAAAGUAGUUGUUUUGGGAGGAGAUUUCCGACAAGUCUUGCCAGUGGUCCCACGUAAGACAAUGAACGAAGCAGUAGAGGCAAGUAUUGUCACUUCUUAUCUGUGGCCCAGAUUUGUGAAAUUCAGGCUGACAGAAAACAUCAGGGCUCGAGAAGACCCAGGUUAUGCUUCUUUUUUGCUUGGGUUGGGAAAUGGUGAACUGCAGCAAACAGAAAACGCUUUUGUCGAGUUGCUGGAACAUAUUGUACAGUGCACAGACGACUUUACGGACUUGGUUGCAGCUGUUACAGAAACAACAUUUCCAGAAAUUGGCCGUGGCUGCUCUGACAGUGAGGUUUUCACAAAAAGGGCGAUUUUGACACCCAUGAAUGAUGAUGUGGAUGCUAUAAACACAUUCAUGAUUGAGAAAUUCCCUGGUUGUGCUGUGACUUACAAGAGUUUUGAUGCUGUUAUUAAUGAUACAUGCAGUAUAUAUCCUACAGAAUUUAUUAACAAGCUGUGCCCAGGUGGAAUGAGUCCUCAUGAGCUUGUGCUGAAGGAAAACUUCCCAGUGAUAUUGCUAAGGAAUUUACUUCCAUCUUCAGGUCUCUGCAAUGGUACAAGGUAUCUUGAGAUGCCUCUUAUGGAUGACAACAAUGGCUGCUAUGCUGGAACUUUGCUUGGUGAUCUUAAUGAAAACAGCAACAUAUACAAACACUAUGCCCAGCUUUGUGAGAUCAUGAAUACACCUCCAAAGAUGAAGCUUGAACCUGUUUACCUAGAUGAACUAACUGCUCAAAGUAAGGACUACAAAGUUAAAGUCACUGUCGCUGAAAAGGGAAGAGCUCAACCUUCUCCUAAGAAACCUGGUGUGGUUUUCCAAACAAUCAUUUUAGAGGAUGAAAAGUGUUGGAAACUGCUUGUUGCAAAAACAGUCUCUUCUGCCUAA